ACCAGCAUAAAUGAUAUGCCUCUGUUUGAAUGUGUCCCCAGAGGAGCAUUCUCCGAGGUAGUCUUGGCCCAGGAGAAGCUGACCGGCCGGAUGUUUGCGGUGAAGUGCAUCCCCAAGAAGGCCCUGAAGGGGAAGGAGAGCAGCAUCGAGAACGAGAUCGCCGUGCUGAGGAGGAUCAAGCACGAGAACAUUGUGGCACUGGAGGACAUCCACGAGAGUCCUGAUCACCUCUACCUGAUCAUGCAGCUGGUUUCCGGUGGCGAGCUGUUCGACCGAAUCGUGGAAAAAGGUUUCUACACAGAGAAAGACGCGAGCACGCUGAUCCGACAAGUCCUGGAUGCUGUGAACUACCUGCACAAGAUGGGCAUCGUCCACCGAGACCUGAAGCCAGAGAACUUGCUCUAUUUCAAUCCCCAGGACGAGUCCAAGAUCAUGAUCAGCGACUUUGGCCUCUCCAAGAUGGAGGGCAGUGGCGACGUCAUGUCCACCGCAUGCGGCACGCCAGGAUAUGUGGCUCCGGAGGUCCUAGCCCAGAAGCCGUACAGCAAGGCGGUGGACUGCUGGUCCAUUGGCGUGAUCGCCUAUAUACUGCUGUGUGGUUACCCUCCGUUCUACGACGAGAACGACUCCAAGCUGUUUGAACAGAUCCUGAAAGCCGACUACGAGUUUGACACGCCGUAUUGGGACGACAUAUCGGACUCAGCCAAGGACUUCAUCGGCAGUUUGAUGGAAAAGGAUCCUGCCAAGAGGUUCACCUGCGAUCAAGCGCUCAGACACCCCUGGAUUGCCGGUGAUACAGCACUGUGCAAGAACAUCCACGAGUCAGUCAGCCGACAGAUCAGAAAGAACUUUGCCAAGAGCAAAUGGAGGCAAGCGUUCAAUGCCACCGCCGUGGUCCGCCACAUGAGGCGGCUGCAGCUCGGCAGCAGCAUGGGGAGCAGCGUGGACGCCUCCAACCCGCCGAGCCAGAGACAGACUGGCCAGAACCAGCCGGCUCAAAGCCAGACGGCGCAGGGCCAGAGCGCCAACACGGCCGCCAACAAAACCACUUCGACAGACAACAACGCGGCAGCUCCGCGCAAGGAAUGUGUAACUGCGUCGGUCUCAUCCUGCAGUCUGGCCUCCGCGGUCUCCUCUCCCGCCACGGGGGCGGAGCUGAGCCGGACGCACCCCUCUGCAGUUCCCGCCCCGGUGCUCACAGAGACCAAGUGACGCCAGGUCCCGCGGGAAACCAGCUGGGAGGCAACGGCACUGUGAGGCGGAGAGACGGAAGAGAAACGGGAGGACGACAGGAGAGGAAGAGGGCCGCAUCCGCCACCCAAGCUCCGCCCCCGCCUCUUCUUCUGCGUUCCUUUGCUCUCCUCACUACGUUUCCACUUAAAUGAGCCCGCCCAGCAAGUUUCCCGCCCUGCUCCGGUGAGAGCAGAGGACUUUACUUCCACCCCACCGAACCGAGCCACACGGCGCCACACUGCACGCCCUUCCGCCGCCCCGACAGGACGCCGCGCGGCCACGGACUCUGAUCCGGGACGUUUGUGAGGCUCGAGCAGUAACUGAUAGGGUCCGUUGGUGUCACAUUAUUCAGUGUCGGUCAACAUCAACUUCCUUCUCCAAUCGGGUCUUUUGCUGCGCCAAUUUAUUUAGCUUUUUUUUCCAAAUUAGGUUUGACUGACUUUUUUAUUUUGUAUUAUUACUGAUAAGGUCAAAGGAGGUGAACACACCAUUGUCAAAUUGAUAUUGCUACUUAAUGUUCAUAAACGAGAUCACUGCCAAGACAAGAGAUCUCCUUAGCAAUCAUUUCUUUACACUGAUUUGACCAAUCUAGCAAAAAGAUGUGACAAUUCCUGUUACCCUUGUUAAAAUGCUACAUAUAGCACCUUUAAGACACUUUACAUGCCCUCAUGGGCUUGUCUGUCUGUUUGUUUGUGCUUUAAGAAGUGCUUUAAAAGAACCAUACGACUGUUGAGACGUGGAAACAUGAGUCAGCGCUUUAUGUAUUUUUGCACAGAGGGUCCGAUGUGUUCGCAGACACAGAUUAGCCGCUUUCCACUUAAGUUAAUCAGAGAGUAGAGAUUGUAAACCUCUAUCAAAAAUAAAACUAUUAUAAUUAUAAUGACUCAGAAUGCAAGCCGCAGCAUCGUGCAACUUUAUUGACUGAAAGAUUCCUAUCGGUUUUUCAAGACUUAACAAGACAAUACACACAUACUACGACGCAUGCAGCAGGUUCAGGAUAGAUCAUUUUGCCAUUUUGAUUUUCCAAACCGGGAAGCGGCGCAACUAAAGAAAACCACACGUUACGAGCGUCUGUAAGAUAACUUCGCACACGGGUCCUCGGAGAGAGAUCCGCCUGCGUGGAGUCAGAAUCCAAGACGGAGAGGCCGUCGGCUGCCGCUCUAAAGAAGCCAUGACCUCACCGUUUAUGCAUUGUCAAGCUAUACCCAGUUUAGAAGUGCUCAGGGAAAACUACAGCUGCACUCUGAGCUAGUGGAUAUGGAUUUCCCGGUUUAGCUUGUUUCCCUCAGUGUUUUGUCGUUUUAUGGUCCCGGUGUUGUGGCAUCCCAGUUAAUGAUACGGCGCUGACGUUGUGGUGACUUGAUAGACAGCGACUUGGACUCAAACCUGGACGGCUCCACAGAGGACUCCUGUCGACUCAAUCCGCAACCUUGUGCUUGACAGAAUGGGACCGUACAGUCCAAUGAUCCACGCCUUUAUCCCCCCCAAACCCUCCUCUAUCCGCUAUCCAGACCAAAAUUAGAGUAGCGUGAUUUUUGAAGACAAAAACUGAACGUCCUGUUUGUAUUGCUAAUCUAAGUUUGAUUUUACAGGCUGAGUCUUUGAUGAGUGGGAAAUGACUUCAGUAGCUUGGAUCGUGUCACCUACCUAACAACGUUGAGUGCUCACUCUCACAUAUCAGUUUGUCAAGAUGCAAUUCUUCUGAUCCCUUUAUUGUGAAUUGUAGCCAAAGACUAGUGCUGGGUACCAAGACAAUUUGAUUCAUUCUACUCAAUGAAUUAGUUAGAACAGAGCUAGUCAGAUGUGAAGUGGACUAAACCUAAGGGCUGAACACCCACUGCAAAUUAUUCUGGAGGGGGAUUUAUUCCCCAUUCAAUUCCUUCCUGAUCUUUUGCCAUUUGCCUUCUUUUUAUUAUCUACACUGAGUGCUGGCGACAAGCAUCUGCGUAUUAUUCAUAGAGCUUGUUUUGCUCCGUACGACAUGUCAGCGAGGGUGAGACCACAGCUGGAUGAAAGUCAAAUUACGGUCAAAAUGAACAGCUCUCUGGAAUUCACCUUCAGCACGCUGCGAGUAUUAAGUUUAAGUAUUAAGUACCUAUUUGGCAAUGAGGUUGACUAAAUCAAAACUUACCAGACAGUUUGUCGUAUGUCCUGGGCGGUGUGUUACUCCUGCUCUCAAUGCACAACAACUUUCUUACCCCAUCUGUAGCUUUCAGCCCCAAGCCCAUAGACUCCUACCGAGGACGUAAAUCUUACAAAACGAGUCACACACCAUGUAGUUGACCUGAGGCAGAACCAAAUGCCAUUCAAAUCUGCUUAUUUUGGUAGGGCGUAGUGUAAGAAAAGACCUGUUAGCCUAAUUUAUUUUGUCAUUUUAUAUAUGCAGUAUUAGUGAAAGAGAACUUUUUAGUGUUUCUACAUAUUUACAACACCCACAUGUCUCCUUACACUACCGUUCACCUCUCAGAAAUAUAUAUUAAUCCUUGAUGUUUUUACAGCGGGGUCUUGCGUUACAUUUCUCUCUACUAAAUCAAUCCAUGUAAUCAUCUGUAACCUUUCAACCAUGUAAGGGCUUUAUUCCUUAAUCUGAUUAUUCAUUGUAUCCAUGUCUAUAUCCCCCGUUGAUUGCUAUGCAUUUUUUUUUACAUAUUUAAGUGGCGUUGAUGUUUUUUCUUGGAAGUGGGAUCAGGCAACGCGUAUAGAUUAAAGGGUUUGGGGAAUGGAAAAGUACAAGACACUGAAUCCCUGACAGAUCUUAGACCAUUUCAUCUUAUUAACGUCAUUAUCGAACGAGCUAUAUUGGUAAAGCAGCCUGAAACUUUUUUCUCUGGCACAAAAGACGUCAACAACUAGUCAGUUGACACUAUGAGAAUCAUUAAAUGUGAUGUUGUCCACUUCCGGGUGGGCGUUUGGAUUUAUGAAUGUAUUGUGAGGCAGGCAGAAGGGUUCCUGUUCAUGCUACUCUGUGGUUUUAUGUCUGCUGUUCAAAUUAAAAAGGGUUCUGAAUGAAUCUUUCCAUGUUUGACAUGUCACUGUAAAUAGAUUGUGAAUAUGAAUGAUUAUUUUCAAGAUAAUAUUUACAAAUGUUUUGCUGUUCGGGCAUGUGGGAGUUAAUGAACGAGUGAGUGAGUGGCUGUGUUGAGGGAAGUUGAUUGUAUUCUCUAUGGAAUGUUUCAUGUAAAAAAAAAAGCUAAAAUCCCCUUUCCUCCCCUUCUGCAAUCUGCUGUCACAUAUAUAUGUGUGUGUAUAUAUAUAUACACACAUAUAUAUGCUGCUACACAGUGCAGGUCAAUGCCAUCAGUGUUGAACCACCACGUCAGUGUCUGCCCAACUAAACGUGAAAGCAUUGUUUAUUGAACUCAGGCUUAUGUUUUUUUGCCAUUCUAAAGAAAGAAAUCCAAAGCUGUGACCUGCUCAGAAACACACUGUUAAGGACGAGGCACAGCUACGAGCUGCUCUCCUCCGCCUCUUUCCACCCUUUGUGAGCUUGCGCUCUUAGUGUUUGACGGUGUCACUAAAGAUGAAAACGCAAGCAUGACAUGGAAAAAAAAAAAAGUGCACCAAGAAAUCAACUUCACCAUGUGUAUUUGCAUAACCGUGUAUAUGCCCUUGUAUGAUGUAAGUAUCUCUGUACUAUGUAAAGACAUGCACAGGUUAAGGUGUCUGGAGUCCACAAAAAGCUGUUUAGUCAGAAGUACAGUUUUAGGUUCUACAAACAAUUUCCAAAGGCAAAAAAUUAAAUGAUCAACAUUGUAACCUCGCAUUUCUUAAAAGAAGCACGAGUUACAAUAUCAUAUAUAGUUACAAUGUCAUAUAUGUAAUUAUGAGAGUAAUCUCGUGCAGAUUCUCAGAAUACAUGAAUCCACAGAUUUAUCAUAAAAAUAAUCAACUAAAAAUGAUUAACAUAUUUAUUUCACCAUGGCGCAAGAGAAGUUGCUUGCUUAUUUAUAUAUAUACUGUAUAUAGACAAUGACCCGUUGCAAACUGUUGAUCCGUGGGAACUGAUUUCAAACGAUUUAGGAGUCCCAACAUUAUCUUGGUCUCUCGUGGACUAAACAUGUUGCCCUGUGGCGCAUUAGUGGCAGCUAAUGAGAGCUGUGCCGCCUCUGAAGAAUUGUUUGUAGGACUUAAACCGUAUACUAGCUGCUUUUAUGUGACCCGAUGUCUCCCUGUGGGCGUCCUCGUCCCGCUGACCUACGAAGUUAGGUGCCUGUAUUGUAUUUACUCUCUGCAUGUGACCACGACAAGCUCCCAUCCUGUGCACCCUCCGUCAUAUCUCUCAAAGCGGGUGCUGCCCACCGCACUCACUGUGCUGGUGAUGACUUUCUGUUUAUGGAGCUUGUAUAUCAGAUGCCUUCGACAAUCAUGUGCACAUAUCAGAGGUAACAUGACAACACAGGCCAGAGCGACUGUUUUUGUUUUGUUUGUCUUUCUCCUGGAAUAAAUUUUGAAUGAUCGUAA